AUGUCGGCCUUUGAUUUUCAGCCUCUGUCUCAAGGAGGAGAGGACUCGUCGUCGAGUCAAGAUCUGCUGCCUUCUGGAAACUUCGGCGUCCAGCAGAGUGCAACAGUCACCGUCACGUCAAUAGCAGUACAGUCCAGCAACCCGCCCGCUGCAACCGGCGGGAACACACCUGGCCCCAACUCAGCCGGCGUCUCGGGCAAUUCGGCAAAUGCUACCGCAUCGCCCAGCAUUACAUCCUCCCCUGACAAUCGCAAUGACACCGGCUCAUCAGACGGGAACCGGACAACUGUUAUUAUCCUCAGUACAGUCUUGUCGGUCGUCGGCGUCAUAUUGGUCAUAGGAGCCGCCCUCGUGUGUCUACGAUGCCGCCGGAGACGGUCGAAGCUAUUCAGACGUGGAAUCACUCCUAUCGAUGACGACGAGAUCGAAACCUGGAAGAGCAAACGGAAUGAGAAAGAACUAGGCGACGAUGCAGGCCUGACAGGCUAUGGUGACAACAACGGGCAUGUCAAGCACGAAUCAGUCAGCUCUACCAGGAAGUCGACCAGCGUGAUUGUCUAUUCCAACGCUCGCCGGUCCGAGGAGCGUUCGCCUAGGUCGCCGCGCACACAGUUUCAUUAUGGGAAGAGAAGCCUCGAUGGACGGAAGGUCAGCCUCGACAAGGACUUACCGCAAACGCCAAUACAAGCGAGGGCACCGAAUGCUCGCGAGGGCCUCACAGACGACGCAGUCCCAGGGGACGACCCUUUUAUUCAAGGUCCGAAGCGACAAGCCUCUCGUCUUUCUAAGAUGCCACCCAACCACCCCCAACAACCUAGACACGCGCACACGCGGACGCGAUCGAGCUUCAGCCUGCGCAGCCUCGGCGAUCACAUAAGGAGCUAUGACUCUGAUGUGGAGCUGACACCACGGACCUCCCAUGACUGCCACGAGUACCAGGGGAGACGUUCUAACGACCGGCACUCUCGCGUGUUUUCGUCGUCGUCGAUACCGCCAAGGCUAUCACUUUCGAAUGAUUGGCCUGGGUCACCCCAACUCCGCCAGGAUAUGAUCGGACGAGCCAUCGGUUGA